AGUUGGUGAAACCGUAGCCUUCUCUUUUCAGUUUUCACAACCCUGUUAAGUGCAAGCUGAGGUUUCGUUCUCUGAAAAUCCUCCUCACAUUUAGCUGAUUUCUGUACUGAAUUGGGAAGAAAAGUUUUUCUUCUUUUUUUUUUUUUCAGUGUAUGAGUUUGUUUUUUUGUUUUGUUUUUUUUUUUAAUUGUGUGUUUUUUAUGGCAAAUACCAGAUGGGUCUCUUAAAUUUCCCCAGUGCAGCCGAGGGGGUGCUACCGGUGCUGGUUAUGAACACGGUUUUAUUUGUUGCUCUGUUGAAGAACACGCUGAUAUCUGUGGUUCAAGUUAUGGGUGCAAUUUGGAAUUCAACUUUAGAGGAGGAGCCAGAUGGGUAUCCGCAGGAGAAUGCCAGAGAACGAAGGAUAUCAACUACCCAGUUCAAGUCUCUGUGCGGCGGCGGUGGAUGGGCAGAAUGUUGUGUGUGUUUAUGUAGAUUUGGAGCAGAGGAGGAGGUGAGUGAGUUGUCUUGCAAGCAUUUCUUCCACAAAGGGUGCUUAGAUAAGUGGUUUGAUAACAAGAACAGAACUUGCCCCCUCUGUCGAUCCAUUCACUAGAUAGAAUGGGUUGCGAUUUUGAGGAAUCAAAAUCAAUACUUUGGCCAUCUUAAGCUCAUUUACUUCUGUUGGUUCCUUUUCCUGUUCCUUGUUUGAUUUUGAGCGAGCUUUUAAGAGGGUUUGUUUGCUUGGUUCGUUUACGUCCUCCAUAACAUGUACAAGACACAAGUUUCUGAAUAAAAAAAUAAAGGGUUUGUUUGCCU